UCUUCGGUUUCUUGUUUCACUUUCAUCUCAGAGAAGGCAUCAAUGGCUACUACGGACUCUCCCACUGCUGUUCGAAAAGUGGUUGUUCAUCUGAGAGCCACUGGUGAUGCUCCCAUUCUCAAGCAAGCCAAGUUCAAGAUACCUGGAACUGACAAAUUUGCCAAAGUUAUCGACUUUUUAAGACGCCAACUUCAUCGAGAGACACUGUUUGUGUAUGUCAACAGCGCAUUCUCCCCAAACCCUGAUGAAUCUGUCAUUGAUCUUUACAAUAAUUUCGGUUUCGAUGGUAAACUAGUUGUCAAUUAUGCUUGUUCUAUGGCUUGGGGUUAACACUCCCGGUGAUGGGGUUCAUUUCAUAGGGGUGUUAUCAGACUUGCAGAUAUGCUGCUGGCAUUGGCAAAGAAGAUUUUAAUUAGGGUAGGACUAUAGAAGAUUGAACAAAGCACUGGCAUUGGCAAAGAAGAUUCUUUUAUGUUCUUUUUGUAAAUUUGACUGAAACCAUACAAGUUACAAAGGUUAUGAAUUGUGUUGAUAGUUUUCUCCA